AUGUAUGACCGUUUGUGUCCGCUAGCAUUGACAGUUAAUCUUCGUGCCAAGAUGGGCAGGCUGACGCCGGAACAAAAGAGAUUCUACAAGGAAAAUGGAUAUAUACUCAUCAAGAAUCCAUUUAAAGAAGAAGAACUCAACAGGUUAAGUGAAGAGUAUGACAAUUUGUUCAGACGGAAAAAUGAAUCAAAAACAGAGAGCUCGUGGGUGGGUAGCGACGAAAACCAUAGAGAAGUCGGCAGUCCGUACACUGUUAAAGGAAUUCAUAAUGUACAAAUGCAUCACGCUGUGUUAGCCAAGCUGUUAUUCCACGACGAGAUAUUGGACGCACUCGAAGACAUAAUGGAAACCGAAAAUAUCAUUCUUCACCACACGAAGGCGCACUAUAAGCCACCGGAGAAGGGAGCUUCCUACCCAAUGCACCAGGAUUAUCAAUACUUCCCUUACAAAAACGACUCCAUGGUCGCCGCUUUCAUCAACUUCGACGAUUCCGGUCCAGAAAACGGCGGGCUAUUCGUUUAUCCUGGCUCACACAAAUUGGGACCCCUGGACGACGUCGGCGCACGGGAGACUAAGCAGUUCCACUAUGUAGAUCAGAACAAGUUCCCCAUCGAAAAAGCCACACCGGUGAUCGCUAAGCGAGGUGACGUCGUCAUCUUCUCGUAUCUCCUAGUUCACGGCAGCACCCCCAACUUCUCCAAGAGGCCGAGACGGAUGCUGCUCAUCCAGUACGCAGAUGCCCACGAUGAGCCUGCCGGUGGCGAACGCAGCCAGCCCUGCCGUGGCUUACUGCUCAGGGGUGUCAACUUGAACAGAGACGCUACACAGGCAAACCGCCACAAGGAA